GCGUCGCGCCGGGCAGGCGCCGCGCUCCCCUCCGCCGCCUUCCUCCUUCUGCCGCCGCUGCUAGCGAUGGCGAGCGCGGGGUUGAACGGCUACUUCGGCACCAAAUCCCGCUACGAGGAGGUGAACCCGCACCUGGUGGGGGACCCGCUGUCCCUGGGUCCCGCCGCGGCCGGGUCCGCCGCCGCCGACCUGGCCGCCUGGCAGAUGUGGUACGAGGAGAGCCUGGACGGGCGGCUGGCGCCGCAGGGCCGGCGCGACAUGGAGCACCUGGCCCGCCGCUUGGCCGCCCGCUUCCCCGCUCUCUUCGCCGCCCGCCGCCGCCUGGAGCUAGCCAGCAGCUCCAAGCACCGCUGCCUGCAGAGCAGCGCCGCGUUCCGCCGCGGGCUCGGGCCUUCCCUCAGCCUCGGCAGCGACGAGGUGGAGGUGGAAGUUAAUGACUCCUUGAUGCGGUUUUUUGAUCACUGCGCCAAGUUUGUAGCCUUGGUGGAAGAGAACGACACGGCGAUGUGCCAGGUGAAUGCCUUCAAAGAGGGGCCGGAGAUGAGGAAGGUCUUGGAGAAGGUGGCGAGUGCCUUGUGUUUGCCGGUGGAGGAGCUAAACGCAGAUCUUGUUCAAGUGGCUUUUCUCACCUGUUCAUACGAGUUGGCUAUAAAAAAUGUGACCUCCCCAUGGUGUUCACUCUUCAGUGAAGAAGAUGCCAAGGUACUGGAAUACCUGAAUGACCUGAAGCAAUACUGGAAGAGAGGAUAUGGCUAUGACAUCAAUAGUCGCUCCAGCUGCAUUUUAUUCCAAGAUAUCUUCCAGCAUUUGGACAAAGCGGUGGAAGAGAGCAAAAGUUCAAAACCCAUUUCUUCACCUUUGAUUGUACAAGUUGGACAUGCAGAGACCCUUCAGCCGCUGCUUGCCCUUAUGGGUUUCUUCAAAGAUAAUGAGCCUCUAAAGGCAAACAACUAUGUCAGACAAACGCAUCGGAAAUUUCGCAGUGGACGGAUUGUGCCUUAUGCAGCCAACCUGGUAUUUGUGCUUUACCACUGUGAUCAAGUGAAAACCUCUAAAGAAGAGUAUCAAGUGCAGAUGCUGCUGAAUGAAAAACUGAUGCCGUUUCAUCAUUCAAAUGAAACUAUCUCUACUUAUGCAGACCUCAAGGACUAUUACAAGGACAUCCUGGAAAACUGCCACUUCCAAGAAGAGUGUGAAUUACCAAAAGUUAAUAUUACUGCUAUUGAUGAACUUUGAGGGAAUGAAGUGGAGUGGGUGUUCUGCAAAUUGAUCUCAGUUCUAUUCGACAGACAUUGUGAACAAGCACUUUUGAUGAUUGCUGCUGCUGUGUUGACUUUCUAAACUUGCAGAUUUGAUGGCGUUGUCUCAGUUAGCUCAAUGCACUGUUUGCUUAUUACAUAAGGAGAAUUACAAAUGCUGUAACAGGGACAUUGCUGAGCAUUUGUAACAAACACAUGAUGCAAGAUGAAGCGUACCUGUAUUGUUUAUAUGUAUGAAUAAGUAAUUUCAUUGGUCACUUGUCUUACAAAUGUGCUGUAGAUGGAUUUAAGAGCUGGGGCAACUUCUCUUUUAUCAGAGCUGAAGGUGUUUGGACUGAUUCAGUAUUGUUUUGCACUGCCUGUUUUGCUAGCUACUCUUUUCCUGUGGCAGGCAUGAAAUAAUUCAAAACUGUGAGCUUUUUUGUUCCUUUUCCUGAGCUUCUAGGAGGGAGAGGGUACAUAGUCCUUCUCCACAGCUGCCCAACUUCUUCCUGGACAGCACCAUGGCAACAUCUUUUUCUUGGGCAUUUAAAGCAGAAGGAGUUGCAGUGUUCCUGCAUGCAUUAUCUACCUGAAAAGGGUCCAGGACUUAAAAGUCUUAGUCAUCAUCAACCCAUCCCGCAUAGCAAGUUAGCCUCCAGGGUAAGUAAAUUACCUUUAAAAAAAAGUAAAAAAAAAAAAAAAAAAAAAGUGAGGGAGUGGGAAGUAGUUAGUCUUCUUUUAAGGUGCUCUGGGAGAUGCAGCAGUUGUUCUCUAGGUAAUCUGGUGUGUCCUUUCACUUGACACCAUCAAUUUCUUGUGUUAAAUGUUUGGGCUGGAGCAUUCAGGUUAGGCUCUACUGUGGCUAUGAACAUCGUGGCCCUGUCUGGGUGCUGAUACUUUUCCUAGCAGCUCUGGUUGGAAGGGACCUCUGGAGGUCUCCAGUCCAGCCUCCUGCUUGAAAAGUGAUUGUUGCUAAUCUUAAAUCCUGGCAGGUUUUGGACUAUAAAAAGUAUCUGGUUGAGACUUGACUUCUGCCAGCUUUAAGGCACCAAACAUGGUAUCACUUAUGUAGGCCUUAUACAUUGAAUGUGCCACCUUGUUCUUGAAAUGAAGCUGCUUUUAAAGAAACUAAUUGUAUACAAGUACUGAUGAUCUUUUAAAGCAGCUGCACUUGAAAUAGGUUCACUCGCUACUGAAAGUUGGGAAAUAUUUUAGAACUCUGCAGUGUGGCAGAAAAAGGAAAAAUGAAGGUAAUUGUCCAGAAAUGUCUGAAAUGCAGUCAGGUAAAAAUUCCUUCAUCCACAAGAAGGGAAUGGCUGUAUGAACAAGUUGCCCCAAAGCAAAUGAGAGUGUGGAUUUAUGGUGCUGGUAGCUCUUGAACUGUAUACUCACACCCUGUAAUGAGUGUUCCAGAGCUCACCCCAUAAAGUGAGGUGUAGUUUGCUGUGUUUACUGAGGAAGGGGUGAAAAGUUGGUUUAAGUGGUUACCACAGGGUAUCAGGUGUGCUAUAAACAUUUAUACCCUCCUUUGCUGCAGGGUGUCUUCUUUUCGUAGGCUCACCUUCAGAACUGGGAACUUAACUGCUGCAAAAACAGGAAAGAGAAAGCCAAACUGGCUCAAUGUUGAGGAGUUAAACUUGGUGUAUAAUUUUUUAAAUUUUUCUUGAGGACUUAGGCUUCUGUCACUUUUAUACAAGCCAUAUUAAAAAAAA